ACGGUACGGACCGGAACCUGAACGAACAGGGGGUACCCGACAGGCGCGCUCAUGACGCCGGGCACCUCCUCAGGAAAAAGCCCGGAGUGGCGGGCCUACGAGACCGCGACAGGUAGCUUUGCUAGCUAAAGCAUGCUAAUCUACGCCACCUCACGUUCAUUUCAUUACCGAGAACAUGUGUAACGUAGCUAGUAGUGGGCUUUACCUGCAUGUACUACAGGUGCUAUCAGGUGAGCGUGACUGUUAUGUUGAAUAAUACAUACUGUUGCUGCUGAGACGUUAAUUGACCUGCUAAAGCUGUACCGGUAGCUGCGUAACGUUAAGUCGUUGGCUGGAUACAUUUAAAAUAUACACGGCCUAUGCACCUAAAGUUAAUUGUCCUGUUUUACACCCUCUGUCUAUAAGGUUAUGUGCUGCACAUUGCUAAUGCUAUCUUGUAUACAUAUAAAAGCUACCACCUGUUAGCUAGCUAGAUAUUAACAUUACUGCUAGUCAACUAACGGCCACCUAUAAAACUCUAGGUGGUAGUUCGGGCAUAUAACCCACUGAACAUGUCUGAUGUCUAGGAGAAUAAUUUAACGUUGAGGAUCCAAAAGAUCAUGUUUUCAUUCUGUCAGGUGUAAAAAACUGUCAGUUUCUUACUGGAAUCCAUAUUGGAGACUGCCUGCUGAUGUUUGUGGAGUGAACUGCUUAUUGGAAUCAUCUAUUAGGUCAACAGCUCAAAGUAAAGGCUGGGCCUCUUGCUGCACCUUGAAACUACUCUUGAUCCUGAAGUCAUAAACACACAACACACACACUGACGAGUUGAGCUGUGAGAGUUAAGCUAUCUCAUGGUCAUGAGUAUGUAAAGGCAGUGCUAAAGUAGUGGAAAAACUACUUUCUUCUAUACUACAUUUUAACCUGUAAAUCUCUGUGUUGCUAUCAUAGAUAGACAUUCACAUACACACCACUAAACAUACCACUAUCUUAUUUACAGACUUCUGUCUUGCUAAAGUUUGACCUUGCAUCAUCAGAGGCACAUGUAGAACAUUGGCAGAGUGGUCUCUGAAAUGAUGAGUUACAUUCAUGAUUUCUAAACUUACAAGUAGUAGUUUACAAGGAGCACUUGAGAGAGUCCCAUUAAACUCAAUGACAGUUCAAACCCUACAAAGCGGAGCACCCGUCAACUGUGCCUGCUGAUGUCUUUAUUAGUAUGUUAUCUUUUGCAAAUGUAAGUGUGUCCAUGCUGUUGUGUGAAUACAAACUGAGGUUGAUUAUUGAUUUAUUGCACUUUGUCUUGGCGCUCAGAAAGAGAUCGGGCUCUGAAGUUCAGGAACAUGGUGAUGGGAGAAGUCACCUGGCUGUGGUGGCCUGUGGCCCCAGGCUCGAGGAGACUCUUGCCAUGUUGAAGUCUGCUGUUCUCCUCAGCAUAAAGCCGCUGCACUUUUACAUCUUUGCUGAGGACGAUCUGCAUGACCACUUCAGAAAGGCUCUGGACUCCUGGCCCAGGACAGUUCAGUCCAAGUUUAACUACACCAUCUACCCCAUCACUUUUCCCAAGGAAAAUGCAAAAGAGUGGAAGAAGCUCUUCAAACCUUGUGCCUCCCAGAGGCUGUUCCUGCCACUGAUUCUGAAGGAGGUAGAUUCGUUGCUCUAUGUGGACACAGAUAUACUUUUUCUGCAGCCAGUAGAGGACAUCUGGGCCCUUCUUUCUCAGUUCAACUCAAGCCACUUAGCAGCCAUGGCUCCAGAGCACGAGGAGCCACGCAUCGGCUGGUACAACCGCUUUGCCCGCCACCCUUACUAUGGCAAGACGGGCAUCAACUCAGGGGUCAUGCUCAUGAACAUGACGCGCCUCAGGGAGAAAUCUUUUAAGAAUGACAUGACAACAGUUGCACUGAAGUGGGAGGAUAUUCUGAUGCCCCUUCUCCAGAAGUAUAAACUCAAUAUCACCUGGGGUGACCAGGACCUUCUUAAUAUCAUAUUUCACCAUAAUCCAGAAAGCCUAUACGUGUUUCCCUGCCAGUGGAACUACCGUCCGGACCACUGUAUCUAUGGCAGCAACUGUCAACAAGCGGAUCAGGAAGGUGUCUUCAUUCUCCAUGGUAACAGGGGAGUUUACCACGAUGACAAGCAGCCUGCGUUUCGAGCCGUCUACGACGCCAUCCGAAAGUACACGUUUGGUGAGAACAUGGAGACCUCACUGCUUCAGCCGCUGGAAGCUUCGCUGCAGACCACCGCAAACACCUACUGUGGGAGAGCCAGUCACCUGUUUACGAAGAAGUUGAAACGGAGCAUCGUGUCCGCUCAACAAGACGCCACACGGAGAAGAUGAUCAGGACGGCACAGAUAUCAUUGAUAUCAUGGUUAGUGUCUAGAGUCUUGCAUGGAGCCGCUGCGGUCGAGCCACACGUGCGUCUCAACCGCGGGUCGAAGACGAUCUCUCUGGUUCUGUUGCUACAACGAGGUGGAAACAAUUAUGGAGUUAAAAAAAACAAAAAACACACAUAGCAGAGCCAGUCCAAAGUCUUUACGGUGGCUCCACCUUUUGGGACGGUGACAUGUGGAAGUUCAGAGCAGGAAACACAUUCACAGAACUGUUCCAAGAAGCAGGAUUUGGGCUUAGGGAGGUAACUUCCAGGCUGCUCCGGUUAUGUUUGAGGUAGGAGCACCGCCUCCUGACCAAUCAAAGCCUGGCGCAUGGAUCGGGAGAUAAUAUUAAACGAAUGUGAAAAAGUUUAAAGUCAUAAUCGAGGGAGAAAGCCACACAUUUUGAACUGCCGAAUGCAGAAAAGACAGGUGGCAUGAAUGCGUAACUGUGAAGGUUUAUAAUAUUACUGCCUCAUCUAGCGAGGGAUCUGACUACUUGUUUGUAUUCCGUUGAAUUCAUUUGAUGCUUAGAAAUAGGCUAUAAUAAUUCAAAAACAUAACUAGACUUUUUAUAGUGCAUCUUAUAAGUAGUGUACUUACUACUUACUUAGGUAGUGAACCUAGUACUGAAUAGAUCGAAGCUUCAUUUAUAACGUUGACGUUCGAAUUAGAUAAAGAUUAAACUACACUAAUAUUAGGCUUAUUAGUGCAUUGUAAAGUCCAAAAUCAACAUUUAUUGAAAUAAGAUGUAAUAGUUUCCCCAAAACAUUCUGCUUGAAUUUAUUCAACAUUUUCCACACAUUUUCCCUGUUUGUCUCCUGCAGGCAAUACGCACCUGUAUUAAUUAACCCAGGCAGUUUAGCAGCAAUCUAACGGUACCAUAAAUAUAUUUUAUGGUACCACAAUCACAGGAAAUUUCUUAUCAUAUAUUCUCUUAUCAUAUAUUAUUUAAAUGUUUGCGUGUCAGAUGUUGAGCCGUGUGUUGCAACAUGUUGCGUUACUUUACUACUGGUGUAUUUAUGUUUUUGCCAU